UCAUAUCAUGGCAAAUUCAAACCGAGGAAAUAAUUUUAACAAUGUUAAAAAUGAUGAAUAUAAAGUCGUUACUGAUGGCUUGAAAAAAAUUUAUAACCAAAAAAUCAAGUCACUGGAAACUACUUAUAAUUUUGAAGGGUUUCAUUCACCUCCACUAACGGAUAGUGAUAUAGAAGCAAAGCCAAUUGUACUACUCAUGGGACAAUAUUCGACUGGAAAAACCACUUUCAUAAAACACUUAUUAGAAAGGGAAUAUCCUG